AAACGCAGAGGGAGAGAAUUGAGAAACAGAGACAAAAACGCAGGAGAGGUUGCGGCGACGAAGACAGUGAGAAGUGAUAGUGAGUCGCCGAUUGUGAUGUCCGCGAGGAAGACGACGACGGCUGCUGGAGUUGCUAUUGACGACAACACCGAGAUUGUUGGCGAAGAGGGCAGUGAAAUUACUGUGAAAUGCGUUUCUGGGAAGGGCAGUGUUUUGGGGAUUAGGGAGGCAGUGUUAAUUGAAUGUGCAACAGAAGACAUCUUGGCUUCCAAGACAAACGUCAAAGCUAAUUGUUAUUGCAAUGUGUUGAGUGGGGUCGAGAAGCUACGGCGAACAUUGUCAGAGUCGGAGUUGGAGGCUUUGGGCAAGACGCCCUUUGGUCAUUUGCUUGAUGUUGGCAAUCUCAAAUGGGUUAACGGACAGCUCCUAAUACUUUUAGCGUUGAACUACGUUGAACCUAUAGAGCCAGAUAGCGAUGCAAUAUCUUUCCACAUCCGUGAUAGGGUGGUCAGUUUUAAGAAAACUGAUUUUGCUCUGAUUACUGGUUUCAAAUUUGGAUGUCCAGCUGAACAAGAGAGGGAGUACACUGGCACUUCAGACAUCAGUAGCAGAUAUUUUGGGGGUAGAAGUGUUGUGACACGUGAUGAAGUGCGGGUGGUCUUAGAGGGUCUAAAGGACAACAAGAGAAAAAGAGAGAUGGAUGGCGUGAAGAUAGGAGUCCUUUACCUUCUAGGCAGUCACAUAGUUGGAAACCAGCCCUCCAUGAAACUACCACCACUUUAUUUGCAUUUGGUAGAUGACUUGUCCCGUUUGAACGCGUAUCCCUGGGGCGAUGAGAUUUGGGAUCUUUUGGUUGAGGACAUGGCAAAGUGUUCAUUGACUUUGAGGACAAGUAAAAAGGACCGGUUCACAUUCCCGGGAUUUUUAAUGGCUUUGCAAAUUUGGGCAUUUGAGACAUUCCCAGGUCUGGAGAAAAGGGAAGUGUGCGAGAUGAUAGAGAGUCGGAGAGGGAAAUGGCCGCGUGCUUUACGAUGGGCAGCACCAACACUGACAAAUCACAUAGUGUUGGAGGAAGUGAUCUUCAGUAAUGCUAAGUUUGAAUGGAUUGGCAUGAAGGCAACUGCCUUGGAGAUUGGGAAAGAGAAUGUUAAGUGUCUCUUUUUAAAUACCCCAAUGAUUGAAGGAGAUGGAAGCCUUAAGGGUACUAAGCAUGUUGGUAAGAAGCGUAAACCCAACAUAAGGAACCCGAGUCAAGGCAAAAAAGGGAAAAAGAGGACAUGUGGCAAGAAAGGUGAUGACAAGGCAAGGAAAGGGGUUAAUGAAGAGUUGUUGGAAAAAGUCACAAAACUGGAGGAGAUGGUUACUGGUCUAGUUGCAACAAAUGUGUUGGAUCGCAAAUUGCUUGUGAGCUUGCGUGGGAAAGUGAAGGGAAUGCAAAGAGCACAUGAGAGGCAUGCAGUUCUGAUGGAGAGAUGCUUGAAGAAGUGUGGUUUAAUACGUAGGAGGAAGAAAGGAAUUAAAAAGAGCAGACAACAUGCUGAAGAUGGUCCUAGCUUUGACCUAGGCAUUGAGCAUGGAGGUAAUGAGGGUUCAGCAGCUGAUCAAGAAGAAGGUAGUGAGGACAAUGUAAAUUUAGGUGCAUCUGAUUAUGAGAUGGAAAACCCUACCCAACUUAAUGACUUGGAUGACACGAUUAAUUCUGUUGAUACACAAAUUCUUUUGGAACGUCGUGCUGUCAUGGUGGAGAAUCAUGUGGAGAAGAUUGCUAGUGAAGACAUGAGAUCUGGGGAUUCCAAUGUGCCUAUCGCUAUCCUAGCUGAAAAGGAGGGGGUUAGUAUUCAGGUUCUUGAUAAUGGCGGCAGUCUACAAGGUAAUGCCGUGGGGAUGAGUGUGGGAAGGAACGAAGUCACACCAACACAGCUGAGUGAGGAACACAACCCCAGAGGGCAUGGUGAUGCAUAUGACCGACCAAAACGGAAAUUGAAAUCUCCUGAGAGGUUCACUUUUUCAGAUAAAAAAGCUGGUGACCAACGCAAGCGAGCAAAAAGAAGGGCCGAUGUUAUUGAGAGUAAGUCAGUAUGUGAUGAACUGUGCCUCGGUCCUUUCACCAAGGAGCCGAUGGAUCUUCCUGAGGUAGGGGUGUUAGAGAGGGUUGACACCUUCAUGCAUAAGGGUCUGCUGAAAAAGCCAAAGAACCCUGGACGGAGAUACACUGCUACAGAUGAAAAGCUCAGUGCAGAUGCUAUAAUGGAGCUUGAUGAUGAGGAGGACACCUUGAGCAAAACAUGGUAUUACAACCUCUAUUUCCCUGAUGGGUGCCUAUCAAACCUGAAAGCCACUGAUUUUGGUCUGGAGCAGAAGUUUGCAACUACAAGCCCAGCAUUUGUUGAGUUAUUGUGUGUGUUAUAUGAGCGUGUUUUGAAAAGAGAGAUUACAGAUUCUGAUGCAGCACAGAAUUCAGACAUAUUGAACACCAUCAAAGGAAAUAAUAUGGAGUAUGGGCGUGCGUGGUCCGAGGCGGAUUUUGUGUACAUGCCACUGAACACAGGAUCCGAAUGGGUACUGCUUGUGGUUGACGUACGUGGAAAACUCAUCCGGGUUUACGACACGAAUGUUUACAGAGGGGGUUUCUUGAAGAAAUUGCACCCAUUUUUGCCGUCUUUGCAGAUGUUUCUGCCAGUUUUAAUGGGUAAGUUGGCGGUAUAUAAGGACAGUACGGAUAGCAAAGAAUCUCACACUGCGUUUCCAGUUGAACCUGUCUUGGAGUGUCCACAAAAAAAUGACGGACCAAGCUCCGGAAUUUUUGUGAUGAAAAUGGCAGAGCUUCUGAUGAUGGGGAGAGGAGUGAUUGAAAUCGAGCCAGGACAGAUAAAUACAUAUCGGAAGAAAAUUACUGCGGACAUAUUAAUGCACAACAAUACACGAAACACGGAUGGCGCUGGAUGCGUCGGCAUGGAUAUCGAAUUCAACAACGAAGAAAACAUGAUAAUGAGAUUGGUAAUCGAUCCGGCAGGAGAGAAUGUGGCGAGAAUAAUUUUGCCAGAGACGGUAGUGGAUGUGGCGAUUGAGGCGUAUCCGCGUAUGUAGAGUGGCGCACGAUCGGAGGGAGUUUUACCGUGCAGGGGAAUCAAGAGAUCAGUUUAUUCCUGAAAAUUAGGGAUAAUCAAUGAUUUGUUUUCCAAAAAUAAGUAAAAAUUAAAAGGAAUGAGUUUUAAUGGGCUUUGGAGAUGGAAGGGUAUGCACGGUAUUAGGGAUGAAAUUAAGUGCUAGAGAGAGGAAAAAUAAGUAGUGGUGUCAUUU